GCUCCUGUUUAUACCAAAGGAUUAAUCUUCCUCAAAAUCGUAACUAAUAUUGUUCAAAUUUAUCAAUAUGAUAUAAUUGACACUAGGUGUCCUGAUUGAUUUUGAUGAGAUGUGAGAAGCCUUUACUUAACGCCAGCUGACAUGAAGUUAUUGGUGAUUUCACAGAAUUUCACUUCAUUCACGAGGAUUUAAGUUCAGAUUUUCAAUCAAUUGAAUUUACAUUUGAAGGAAUUUGGAUAAAAUGUCAAUACAUUGAAUAAUAAUGGUGGAUUAGAAUUAUUUCAAAAUGUCCUACAGGUCGUCAUCGUCCUUCCCUGAUAUUCCUGACAUGGGGCUGUCAACAGUUUCAGGGUCAGAUUCCAAAUCAGACUUGUCCAACAACACACAAGACCCCAAGAUGGACAAGGUCUAUUACGAAUAUCGGAAGACCUUGAUGACAACGUCACGAGCCAAUGAUGAUUUAGGUAUUGAUAUGGAAGAGGAUAGUCUCGGUAUGGGUGUCGUUCGUAAAGAAGUCGAUCUCACAAAUGAUGAAAAGCAAUAUCUUCUAGCCGUGGAAAGAGGGGACAUUCCUUCUACAAGGCAAUAUUUAAACAUGGGCCUACAAACUGGACUAAAUAUAAACUGUGUGGACCCAUUAGGACGUACGGCCUUACUUGUCUCCAUUGAGAAUGAGAAUAUAGAAAUGAUAGAAUUGUUAUUGAGUAAUAAUGUGGAAUUAGGUGAUUCAUUGUUACAGGCUAUUAAUGAGGAGAACGUAGAGGCUGUGGAAUUAUUACUCAAUCAUGAGGUGGCUACUAAAGGAGAAGAGGCAUUACAACACAGUGCACCCAGCAGUUCAUUCACACCAGAUAUCACACCAAUCAUUUUAGCUGCUCACAGAGACAAUUAUGAAAUCAUCAAACUUUUAUUGGACAGGGGGUACAGAAUACCCAAGCCCCAUAAUCUUAGAUGUGAUUGUAAACAUUGUCUACGAGAAAGCCAAGAGGACUGUUUACGCCAUUCUCGUUCUAGGAUUAACGCCUAUCGUGCUUUAGCUAGUCCGUCUUUGAUCGCUCUGUCGAGUAAGGACCCAAUACUUACUGCCUUUGAAUUAAGUUGGGAAUUAAGACGAUUGAGUAACUUAGAAAAUGAAUUCAAAUUUGAAUAUGAAAGUUUGGGUAAAAAGUGUCAGGAAUUUGCUACAGAUUUAUUAGACCAAACUCGAGGAUCUAAAGAACUCGAAGUAGUGUUAAAUCAGGACAAUACCCCAGCAUGUAAUCCACACACGGAACCAAUGGUUGAACCUGUGCAGGAAAAACUCAAACUUAGCCGUCUCAAACUUGCUAUCAAGUUUAAACAGAAAAAGUUCAUUGCUCAUCCAAACUGUCAGCAGCUACUGGCCUCUCUUUGGUAUGAUGGUCUUCCUGGGUUCCGUCGGAGGAACAUUUGUAGUCGGAGUUUUCUUACCAUCUUAAUAGGAGUUUCAUUUCCCUUCCUUUCACUAUUUUAUUUGGUAGCACCAAAGAGCUUCCCUGGAAAGUUAUUACGGAAGCCGUUUAUAAAAUUUAUGUGUCACAGUUCGUCUUAUUUCACAUUCCUAGUAUUGCUCAUAUUAGUUUCCCAGCGAGUUGGAGUAAGUAAUCCAAAUAGAGUCCAUCCAAAUGGCCAAGCAUCACCUGUGGAUUAUGAUUAUGCCAAGAUUUAUCAGGAGAAAAGAGGGGCACCUGCCACUAACAUAGAAUGGAUGAUUUUAGCAUAUGUAGCAGGCUACAUAUGGGCUGAAAUUAAACAGCUAUGGGAUGAGGGUGCCUACGAGUAUGUUCAUGACAUGUGGAAUAUUUUAGAUUUUGUUACAAACUCAUUGUAUAUAGCUACACUAACUCUCAGGGUUAUAGCUUACGUACAGGUUCAAAGAGAGAUAGCUGCCGGUCAUAAAGAAUUAGCAGAACUAGAGAGAAAACACUGGAAAGCUUAUGAUCCCAAUUUAAUUGCUGAGGCCCUUUUUGCAGCUGCUAAUAUAUUCAGUUCAUUAAAACUCAUUUACAUAUUCACAGUGAAUCCACAUUUAGGGCCAUUACAGAUAUCAUUAGGACGUAUGAUUCUAGACAUAUUGAAGUUUUGUGGUGUAUAUAUUCUAGUGUUGUUUUCAUUUGCUUGUGGAUUAAAUCAUCUUUAUUGGUACUAUGCAACGUUGAGAGCUCAGGAGUGUGAUGCCGACCCCACGGGCCAGCAUGAUUCGUGUGAUCGCAAGUUUAAAAGUUUUGCAAAUCUGUUUGAAAUAUUGCAGACCUUAUAUUGGGCUAUUUUUGGAUUGGUUGACCUAUCUCACGCUGAGUUACAAGGGAAACAUGAGUUUACAGAAUUUGUGGGAAAAUUGAUGUUCGGCAGCUACAGUUUCUUAGCUUUUAUAGUUUUAUUAAAUCUAUUGAUUGCAAUGAUGAGCAGUUCAUACAUUAAUAUAUCUAGUCAAGCAGAUGAAGAAUGGAAGUUUGCCAGGUCAAAGUUAUGGAUGAGUUAUUUUGAAGACACUGGGACAUUACCAUGUCCAUUUAAUAUUAUACCCAGUCCUAAGACAUUUGUAUAUUUGACUGGCUGGUUUAAAACUAAAUUAUGUGCUUGCUCAACACAACAGAAAAGAAAUAGAUGGCAAAGCAUUAGAAAAAUUGUAAAGAAAAUAAACGAAAAAGAAGUGAGAUAUCAGGGUGUGAUGAAAGAUCUUGUAAAACGAUAUAUCAUGCAGAAACAGAGAGGCCCACUGAGGGGUGAAGGAGUGACAGAGGAUGAUGUUACAGAAAUAAAACAAGAUAUAUCAUCGUUCAGAUACGAAUUAUUAGAAAUCUUGAAAAAUAACGGAAUGAAAACACCAAAUCCAAACCAGGGGAAAACAUCAAAUCGUAGACUGUCCAGAAAAAGAAGUCAAAUGUCAAUGGAAAGACUUAAACGCUCAUUUAAAAUGGAUACAAUAAAAGAAAAGGAAAAUGGGUCAUCAGGAAUUUCUAUGGAAGUGCCGACAACUGUGAUAACUAGUAGUGAUCCUUCAUCACCAAAAUCAACAUCUCCGUUAAAAACUUUCCCCGAUACAAUAUUCGAGGAAAAAUCUGAACCAUUCAAUAAACAAAGGAGCCGAUAUGACCUUGAACGAGAACACAUCCAUGAGGAAGAACGUGCUCGAGAACACAAACACAUAUCAGACCCUAACACUCAACGCUCCAAUAAUCAUAAAUCAGUUUUCCGUCUAAGUACUUUACAGAAAGGUGAUGAAGGUCUCGGUGAAUCACUUGACCUAAAUUCUGAACAGAGUGAUAGUAGUGUUAAAGCAAGUGAUAAAUUUGGAAAUGAUACCAUGUCUCGACUCCAAGUCCCGUCGGACGAUAAUAGUGUCGACCAGGUGGAACAGCCUUCUUGUAGUUUUGAUUUUUAUUUUUCUGAUAUGUUCAGUGAUGAUCCCAGCGAUGGGAAGCCAUCUAAACGUGUUACAUUUUUAUGAUUCAUCUUUCAUUGAUCUGUCAUUCUCUAAGGCCAAAUGAAAAAUAUCUGUUUAUCACUUAUACUCUUAAGGCCAAAUGAAAAAUAUCUGUUCAUCACUCAUACUCUUAAGGCCAAAUAAAAAAUAUCUGUUCAUCACUCAUACUCUUAAGGCCAAAUGUAAAAUAUCUGUUAAUCACCCAUACUUGAAAUAUCUGUUAAUCACCCAUACUUGAAAUAUCUGUUAAUCACCCAUACUUGAAAUAUCUGUUAAUCAUCCAUACUUGAAAUAUCUGUGAAUCACCCAUACUUGAAAUAUCUGUUAAUCACCCAUACUCUUAAGGCCAAUUGAAAAAUAUCUGUUUAUCACUCAUACAUUUAAGGCCAAAUGAAAAAUAUCUGUUUAUCACUCAUACUCUAAGGCCAAAGGAAAAAUAUCUGUUAAUUACCCAUACUCUUAAGGCCAAAUGAAAAAUAUCUGUUUAUCACUCAUACUCUUAAGGCCAAAUGAAAUAUAUCUGUAUUUCUUCUAAAUGAUGUAAUAUAAAUUUUGUGUGUUGAAGCUCUUUUCUGGAUUCCCCACAUCAGAAAGUCUAAAAUCUUAAGAUUUGAUAGCCAUGGAUGUAUGAAUAUAAGGAUAUUUAAAAAGAUAUAUGACCAAAAGAAACCAAGUAAGAAUAGGAAAGCUCAUCAAACGUCAACUUUGACUGAGAAAGUUACAGCUAUAGUUUCUAAAAAAAAUUCUCAAUUGCUCAAAUGCUAUCAACUUCCCUCAUUGUUGAAGACCAUACCAUAACCUACAGCUGUUAAUACUUGUACCAUUUGGUCUCUUGUGGAGAGCUGUCUCAUUGGCAAUCAUACCACAUCUUUUUAUAAUAAGCAACAAAUUAAAUCUCAAUAAGUUUAUUAUUGAAAAGUUAGAUAACAAAUAAAAUAACUUUUGUAAUACACUCAUGUAGUAUAUUUGUAGGGGUACCAUAUAUAUAUAUUAUAUACAUAUAUGUAUCUUGCAGUAAAUUUAUCGUCCUGAAUAUGCAUGAAAUAUUUGCCACUGGACGUUAAGCAACCAACAAUCAAUCUAUCAAUCAAUGCAGUAAAUUUAUGAUUGACAAAUUACAAAAAAUAUAGUUUAAAGUUCUUACCUAAAUUAUAUGCUGAACUAUUUUAUUUAAAAACUGCUGAAUCAAAUAAAACAAAAAAUAAGUUAAGAAUUGGACUGUGAUAUAGAGUUUUAUUGUGAUAUACCUACCAAGUUUUGCAUCUUUCUUAUAAUUGAGCCUACCAAUAAACAUGAUUUUUUUUGUUUGAAAGACAACAAAAUAUUUUUUAGGAAUUUGAUAAAGCAUUGUACUUUCAUUUGGCCUUGUGAGCAUUUUUCAUUGUUUUAAUAUCAUGUUUAUGAACUGUGUUAUUUUAGUUAGUCUUUCAUUCAGGAGGAGAAAUUAUAGGGCCAGUUUGUUUUUUAACCUUGUGAAAUAAUAACAGGUAUUUCAUCAUAAUUUGGUACCAUGUACAUCAUCUGAAGUAACAACAACUUACAUCAGAGUUUUAAAUACUGUAAAUUCAGAAAUUAUUGCGUGCAUCUAUUAUUGUGAAUUUGUCAUUUUAGACUUAAAUGCGAUUUUUAUUUUUACGUUUUUGAGAAAAAUCUUGUUCAUUUCAAAAUGCGAGUUUAAAUUAUUGCGUUUUCAACUAAGUCACAUUUUUCGCAAUGAUAAAAGCAUUGCUUUAAUUUCUAAUUUUUCAGUACGUCAUAUGUUUCCAUUAAAACUUCAUUAUUUGAUUACGGAGUAUGGCUGAAGAUCAAAAUUACAUAGUCAUACUCCUUUUUUUUCAUUGAGUGUUUGAUUGCUGUUUAUGUUUGAUUCAGAGUUGAUCAAAUUAAUCAUGUUUUUAGAUUUUUGAAAAUGAAACCAUUUGUGCUGAUCCACAUAGGUGCAAUACCACCAAAUCAUACAUAGUAGGUCACAUCCAGUUGCAUAUAAAAAGGGAUUUAAAAAAUAUUCCCUUGAAUUUUAUCAGUUGUCGGCAAUUAUCCUACAUUUUAUUAAAGUGAAGAAAAAAAACAUAUAUGUUGGGUGCUUCAAAGCACCAUUCUUUUUUUAAUUGGUGUUUUUAUAGAAUAUUUUGAAAAUUGCGAUUACGUAUGAACGCUUGUUCACAGGAAAAAAGAAGUAAAACUUUGUUUGGUUUACUUUCAAUGACAGUUAUUAUUGUAUAUGCAAUAAGAAUUAUAAGAUGUAAUGUUAAAUUUUGUCUGUAGUUCUGGACAUACAUAGAAUAUUACUCAUGCAAAGUAUUUCUUUAUUUGAUUAAAAGAUAACUUCUGCUUAAAUUUUUUAAAAGUGCAAAUUUUAACAGACUUAUAGGGGGAAAACAAUUGAUUAAGGUGAGCCCCUUUUGGAGAAAACACCUUUUUUUCCUAAAAUUGUUUUAGCUACUUUUGGCAUUACAAAUUUCAUCCUUCUUGCCUAAUACACAGGGUCCCCCUGAACUAAGCCAAUCAAACAGUAAAAUCGCUAUGUUGCCUCAGAGAUUUGCCAGUCUUAAACUUUAUUGCUCUCAAACCUGUAAUUGAUAACAUCCUCCUUCCUAUUUACAUGAAGUCAACCCAUGUGAACCAUUGUCCCUUAAAUGAGGGUAGUCAUGCCCUUUACUGUUAGGCAUCUAACGGUUAUUUUCAGCUACCGUUAGCGUUAAAUUGGUUAAAAUUUUACAGUGAUUGGUCAAACUCAAAUAAUUAUCGUAACUGUCGUUUUUGGGAUAAAUUUAACAUGAUUCGACAAAAUCAGUCAAUUUUUUUACCGUAGAAAAGAAAGUGUACAUUAUAUUGUCAUGAACUAAAAAUAACCAUUAUCGUCAUUUGGUAACAAAUUUUACCGUUAUUCGUCAUGAAGGUACCCCUAUUACUACCCUCUUAAAUGAUGUACCAAUAGUCAUGAAGUACUUGUUAAAUCCAUUCUCUAUAGGUUUAAUACUUUUCCAUACCUGCAAAUGAAGAUAUAGGUAUUGGUUGGGUUUGACACCUGCUAAUGCACAAGAUCGAUCUGCAAGGGAGACUUGCUUUGUUUUUCCUUGUAAAGUUAAAAUGAACCCUUUUUUCCCCUUAAACAAUUGAAUUGAACCAUUUUCAAACUGUCACCUUGAAAGGAAGUCACCUUUCACUUUUUACAAAAUAUCCCUUUUAUGAUUUUAGUUGUUUCGAUAUAUUUGUUUGUUAUUGAUUUUCAUUGUAAUGCCAAAAAAUUGUUAUUUUUAGAAUAAAGAAGGCAUUACAGGUCAUCAAGAUUGUUAUUUGAAAAUAAUCAAAUCCAUGUAACUAUGGAUAAUUAAACUUUAUAUGUAUGUGCUGGAAUGUUAAAAAUUUCUAAAUGAAAAAAAGGUUGUCAAACAUCAUGAGUAUACCCCCUUUUAGCUUGGAAAGGGAAAGUCUACUACUUUGUUGCUCCAUAUUUUGUGGCAUGUAUGGGCUGUAUAUGUGAUUCACAGUUAGUUUGUCUUUUCAUGAAAAUAUUUGUGAUAUACUGGUCUUUCCAAUUUCCAUGUUUGUUAUUACAUUUUACUUUAAUAUUUAUAGCAAUAUAAUGUUUUGAUUUCUUGCAUGUUAUUUAUUCACUUCGCUACUAACUUGUUGUUAGAAUAUCAGGUUUUUGUAUUUACUUCUUUUUCAUUCAGAAAAUAGUUUGAUGUUAAAGUGCAUGGUUUAAGUUUUUUCAAAAGCAAUAACAUAUGGCUGCAAUAAAAGUUACUUUUUAGUAUAAAUAAAUGAGACAGCAUUAUAGCAGCAGCAUUAAACCAAAAAAUAAUAGUUCUGUCAUAAAAAAGACAAUUGUUUUAGAUAUUGGAAAUUUCAUCCAUAUUAUUUUAUUGAUGUGCCUCUACUAUUAAGAAUAUAUCUGCAUUGGUUAUUUUUUAUAGUAUCAAAGUACUAUCUAAAUUUCGGCAUUCUGAUUAUGGCAAACAUAGCAAUUAAAGAUUUCAAAUUUUGCCAAAAAACAAAAAAGGAUACAUGGCCUUUAUCAUUAAGCAUCAUAUACCCCUUUUCCAAUAACAUACCCAUCAUUAAUGAGAUGAAAUUUAAUCCUCAAGACAUGUGUGGCAUCAUAUUUUUAACUUAAAACAUUACUGUAAAUCAUUGUGUAAAUUUUAUAAACAUAAAACAUAUAAACAUACACAGAAAUCAGACUUGAAAAUACAUAUUUCAUGUUUCAAAAGUUAAAGUUCAAGGUAAAUUCAAAAGGUGACACGUCAAUACAACCUAACAACAUUAAAUUCGUAUAUAAUUUUAUAAUAGUGCUUGAUAAAAAUUGAAACAUGAAUUAAGCAUUUGCAUGAAGAAAAAAAAUGGUUAAUAAAAGUCUGAAUUGGUUGAAAAUCUGAACAUAUAUCAAAUAUACUAGUAUAUAUAUUUUCAUAUGUUGUGUUGUUAAAAGUGACAUUUCAAUAAUUGUAGUGUCUUUUGUUAAUGAAAGUGUCAAUCUGUCAUUAUGUAAAUAAAAUGUUUAGGACUGUGUAAAGUUCCUAAUUCUAUACAAAUUGUUAAAAUGAGAUUAAAAUUAGUUGAUUUUU